UAGUGCUAAGACGAAAACUACCGACCGCGUGGUAAUGGAUGCUUCUGUUUGACCAGAAAGUAGCGUAUAUUUUGGGGAAAAUGUCUGACGGACAAUUCAGCGAUGCUGAAAGUGAUGCUGAGACAUCUGCAUCACCUGGUGCAUCAAAGACCACUAGGCGUAUGAAAACUCUGACACUAUUUGAUUGUAUGGACAAUUUGAAGCAGUCAGGCAAUAGUGACAUAAAUUUUCACUUUCAGUCUAGUACAGAGGGACAAGAUGAGUUAAACGAUGGUGAGGAUGAAUUUUCAGAUGAUGAUGAUGACGACGACAAUGAUGACCUGUACGAAUGGGGAACUGGCCAAAAAGAUAAAGGCGUAUUAACUAAUGGAAAACACACACAUCUUAAUCAACAAACACAGUCCAAUCGCGUCACUGACUUCCAACCUCAAGAAAAGCUUUUCAAACGCUUCUUGAAUAAGAUAAAUGUUGAAAAGUAUGAAGGCCCAAGUCUCCCUAAUCAUGCUACAAACAAAUUAAUUCAAAAUGCUAAGAAAGCAGAUGCUGAUAGGAUAAGAACUAAGGAUAAACAGGAUAGGGCAACCGCGGAACAAGUAAUGGAUCCAAGAACUCGAAUGAUCUUGUUUAAGCUACUGAAUAGAGGAGUUGUUACAGAAAUAAAUGGCUGUAUAUCUACAGGGAAGGAGGCUAAUGUAUAUCAUGCAACUGGCAAAGAUGGAAAGAACCUUGCUAUUAAAAUAUAUAAGACUUCAAUACUUGUGUUUAAAGACCGUGAUAAAUAUGUGAGUGGAGAAUUUAGAUUUCGUCAUGGCUAUUGCCGUAGUAAUCCAAGAAAAAUGGUGAGAACUUGGGCAGAGAAAGAAAUGAGGAACUUAGUGCGUAUGCACACAGCCAAUCUCACUGUUCCAGAGCCAAUCCUAUUACGAGGUCAUGUAUUAGUUAUGGAUUUUAUUGGACAUGAAGGGUGGGCUGCUCCCAAAUUAAAAGAUGCAGAGUUGUCUAACUCAAGAGCCUGUAAACUUUACAGAGAUUGUGUUGUAAUGAUGUGGGCAAUGUUCAACAAGUGCCACCUUGUUCAUGCAGAUCUUAGUGAAUUUAAUUUGUUGUAUCAUGAAGGUAUGGUUUAUGUGAUUGAUGUAUCCCAGUCAGUAGAACAUGAUCAUCCUAGGGCUUUGGAUUUUCUCAGAAAAGACUGCACCAAUAUUACAGAAUUUUUUAAAAAACAAGGAGUUGCGACUAUGUUAGUCAAAGAGCUAUUUGACUUCAUUACCGACCCUACUGUUACUGAGAAUAAUAUGGAACAAUAUCUUGAUCGAGUAUCUGCUCAAGCUGCUGAAAGGGGUGAUGAUUUGUCUGCAGAACAGCAAGUUCAGGAAGAAGUUUUUAAAAAUGUGUACAUUCCCCGUAAUCUUGAAGAAGUUGUUCAUAUUGAACGUGAUAUUCGCCAGGCUAAAGAGGGUAAAGGUGAAGAUCUUGUUUAUAAAACUAUUGUAGGUCUUAAAGAGGAUCUUAGCACAGCAAAGGAACCAUCAAUCCUUGCUGAAGCCCAGGACAAAGAAUGUGGUUCCAGCGAUGGAACUGGAAGUGAUGAUGAUGAAAGUUGUUCAGAUGAUGAUGCACCUGACUCUGGUACCAAAUUUAAAAGCUCUCCAAGACCAAAAGACGAAUCUCCAGAGAGUAGGAAGGCUAGAAAAAAAGCCAUUAAGGAGCAGCAGGCAGAAAAUAGGAAAACAAAAUUAAAGAAGCAUGUGAAGAAAAGGAAAGAAAAAGCAUCAAAGAAAAAAUAGUUUUUUCCCUGUGUAGGAUGUUUUUUAAAGAAUAAAAAAUGUCAUGUUUGAAAAUUUUCAAGCAAUGCACAGUUGGUCCCAAAUGUUACAGACCUGGUGAAAUGUGUAUCUAUCUACAUUUAUAAUAACAAUGUAUAAUAUAUUUAUAAUAAAACUGCCUACAUAAUCUA